UUGUUUCUCCUUGGGUAAUCAUUUCAUUGUCACAUAAGUGACUCUUCAUUUCUCUGGAGAAGAUCAGGCUCAACGUCAUGUUCCUGCACGCACUCCUUCUUCUUAGCAUAGUUAUAUCGACCCAAGGGUAUGGCUAUCUGGAACUGCCUACAGAAACGACUAACCAGUUUGGAACGAAGUUGGUCUACUGUGAAUACCAGAAUAUGAAAAUGCUCCCUGAUUCCACGUGGAGAACCACAGAGUGUGAGCAAUGCGAAUGCACCAACAGCGGACUGUUCUGCGAGGGAUUUGGGUUCAAUGCUGGUCUGUUCGGGGCACCGGAAGAAUGUGAUGUCGUCAAUGAUGGAUGUGACAUAAGGCUGGUAGAUGCUGCCGAUCACACCAAGGACUGCCAACCUUUCCGGGAAGGGCCUCCGCCUGGGUAUUUUGGGCCUUUGCAUCAGCCUUUUGGGCCUCCGUCUGGGCUUCCGCCUCCUCCUCCUCCUCCUUACGGGCCUCCGUCUGAUCAGUUUGGACCUCCCCUUGAUCAGUUUGGACCUCCCCUUGAUCAGUUUGGACCUCCCCUUGAUCAGUUUGCACCUCCCCUUGAGCAUGUUGGGGGCGGUGCCAGAAGAGCUCUGCAGUAGCUAAACAACAAAUAAACAUGUAAACAUGA